GAGCGCGAGGCCGAGGGGCUGCUCGCCGUGGCGCCCCUUCGGCGCCAUGCUGGUGCCUCGGAGCAGCAGUUGAAGCACGCGCGCGCAGUCAAGCGCGCGCGAGUCGCCGAGGAGGCACUGCAGAAUGCCAUGUCAGAGUCUCACGCGCUGAGGUCGGUCAUGGCCGUCGUGCUGCAUACGACCCCUGGGAUUGCCAGACUUCUCGGUGACGCUGCUAGCAAGGCUGCUCAGGGAUUGGCGACGCCUGGGCUCAAGGCAGAGGCUGGCGUGACAGCAGCGCCACGCAGCCUGCGAAUAAGGGGCGUGUUCGCGGAGUGGGACGAGACAUCGCAACGAUUGCUGAGGGUCAAGAAGUUUGACGACAGAUCUCGGUGUAGCAAGCCAGCCACGUCCAUUCAGGUGAUGACGUCGAUUGGUCUCAUGUUUUCUGAUGUGUACGAGGGCGAUUCCUGUGCCGCAGUGUUUUCGCGCGUUGAACCUUGGUUCGGCCGCGCGAAGUUCCUGCUGGGCCAGACGGCGGACCAUCUGCUUGAAGCGUUUCUGAUCGACUUCCCGAUGCCGCUGGGGCGCCUGAGCGAAAUGAAACAAUUGAUGGACUCUUGCGACGUGGCUAUGUAUUUGUUCGCAGCUGACAGAGCAUCCGCCAAUAUUAAGAUGAUCGCGUAC